AAAUAAACCAUAGUGCGUUUGUCGCGGUGUCUCUGCCUGAGACAGAGACUCGCUUGCUACCAAAAUAAAAGACAAGAAAAUAAACAUUCAUUGCAUUUUUCGAGAGCAAAAUAAACUACAUAAAAUCGAUAUUACAAAUAUUUACGAUUGCGGUGUGUUUCAUCAAACAGAAAAUUGUGUUCAAUUUAAAAUCAAUUAGUUAUUUAAUGUAAUUGAAUGACUUGCGGCGAGUUAAUAUGAGUUCUCAUCUAAAAUAGUGUCAGUUUUGUGUGAUCAGCCCGAAUAAUAAGACGAAAACGAUUUCACUUUAUAUUCAUCAGAAUCACGUCAAGCUAACAAACAACAAAAAAUCUCUCUUUCGGUCUGACAUUUUGGAACGGAGCGGCUUGUAUUGUUGUUAUUGUUGGUGUAUUGAUGCAAAAAGUGAAUUUUUAAGUGAACGUGUGAAAAAAAAGCAGUAAUGAUUUAUCGAAUUUAGAGUGUGUGUUCAUUCGGCGAGGAAGUAAAUACGUGAUUAUUUCGCAUUUUCAUAUUAUACACUUGUGUGCACAAAAUCAUUGCACCGAUGUGCAAACAUGCUCGAAAGAAAUCACAUUCGAAAUACAUAUGGCAACAUAACACGAAUCAAGAAUGCAUCAAACGUAUUUUCUUUUAAGUCAAUGCCAAUGCAGAUGAUUCAGUGAACGUGUGCAGUGUACACAUAAGUGAGAUUCUUUUGUGAGAAGGCGAUUUACCAUCGAGACAUUUAUGAGCAAGUUAAAUGAUUACAGAAAAUGAACGAUCCCGAAAUGAGAUCAACUCAGUGAUUUCUGCGAAGUGAUUCAGUGAAGUGCAUAAUGUGUUGAGAUUCGUGCCCAAAUUAAUGAACGAAUUCAAAGCCAAACAAAAAGUGAUUGUUAAAAACAAUACCGUGCAUCAUUUCACCUUCGAGUGAAAUUUUCGGCGUACAAAUGAAAGUGUAAUAAUUGCGUAAAUUACAACGAAAAGUGUGUAACGAAUUUUAUCUCAUCAAAUAUAUAAAAAAACGAUCCGAAGUUUCGCCCAGACCAUUGAAAGUGUCAUUUAUUUUACAGCAAAUAAUUUUCGGCGUAAUUGACAGUUGUACAUCGUGGUGGUUAAAAACAUCGUGUGGUUAAAAAAGCAUUAGAUUUUUUGAAUUGCGCAUCAUUUCGGGCAUAUGCCCAAGCCAGGUGUGGAUUGUUAACAUUGUUUAACGUUCGCCGGCUGCGAAAUACAGAUUGAACCGAACCAAUAGACACUGUGAAUGUGAAACAAACCACAAUCAAAACUGUAAAAUAAAAAUGCCAAGAAAGUCAUUAUCGAUGUAUGAUAUGAAAUAAUCAAUAAAAAAGAGUAUACACUAUACACGUACAAAGUAAUAAUUUCGUGACUGCAGACCAUCAUCAUGACAACAACAACAACAAACGACGACGAAGUUGUUAUCAGGCCAAAAACGAGCAAUCAACCGAGGGCUCAAAGUGCUUAUAUGACGUUGUUGAACUCGUUGGCAACCGAUCUGGAUUUAAUGCUCAAUGAUUUAAGGUCAACGCCACCGAGAUUUAUUCAGCCAAGAGCUUCAUUUCCAAUUUUAUCCACACAUUUUGGGACUGAUGCGCCACAUUUUUUGCGACCGCGUCGUAUGCCACUUGGAUCCGUUGAUUCGGAAGAUGGAAAUGCACUUGUCGACGAUGAGCUACACAAUCUAUUGCCGGGCACACGAGAGGUAUCAGCCGAUGAUUUGAGUCAGUCACGUGCAUCGUUGGUGUCAAGUUCAGAUGGCGGAAUUUUGGCCGAGGGCGAAACAUCGUCGAGUGAAGCCUCUGGAGACUCAACAAGUCCACCAUGUGAUUUAGGUCUAUACGAACGUUUGCUAUUAACACAUCCAGUUUGGUUUCUGCCAGGAAUACAACGGGCCGGUGCUGUUCAUUUGCUACAAGGCAAAGAAGAAGGGAAUUUCGUUGUACGUGGCUCAAGUCAAGCGAAUACAAUGGCUGUUUCGGUACGUUUGCCACCAGACACCGGACCCUAUAUUGAACACUAUUUGAUAUUAUCGGAAAAUGGUGUACUGAGUUUGGAGAGUUCACGUUUUGAAUUUAAUUCAAUACCGGCUUUGAUUGAUCACUAUGCAAAAUGCUGUGAUGAAUUACCGGUGCAAUUGACGUUGCCGCGAGCAUUCCGUGAAGCAUCGAAUCGUCAGCAACUUGGAUCUCUUGCAUUGCUUGGCCAGGAAUUUUGGCGUUAUCCAAUGGCGAAUCCACGUCCAUCAGCAAAUACAAGCCCAACACCAGCAUCGAUUGCAUCAAAAACAGAAUCCAGCGGCUUGGGUACAACAAUGUUCAGCGCAAAUCAGCAUAAAAUCGUGACCAACAGUCAACAUACGAUUCUGAGUGGCACUGUGUUUAGUCCGGGCACACCAUCCGACACCGCAUCUAGUCUAAGUAGUUUUACCAGCACUGGCCAGCAAAUGUUAAGUCCUGAAUCGAUCGAUAGUGUUAUGUUAUCGCCAGUCGAUCAAACCGGUAUCAUUGGUAAAACGAGUACAUUCAAAACACAGAAUCGUAAAUCAUUGGAUUUGGAAAAAAUUACAACGUUUUCAAAUCGAUCAUCGCCACCAAACACCGGCAACGAUUCAAACAGCAAUAAUAAUAAUAUCAAUAAUAAUGUAUUCAAUGAACAACAUAACGGUAAUAAUAUUCGCAGUGUACGACCAACACCGCCGAGUACAUUGAAUGUAAUUCCAUUGCGAAUACCACCAGCCCCACCACCCAGAUGGACAAAACCAUCAUCACAAAGCCCAACCGAUUCAAUUACACCAACUGCCAGCGAACACAUUUCAUCAACUAAUUUCACAAUCACCACAACUGUAACAGAAAUCUCGAACAAUAUUCACAAACAAUGCUCACCAUUCACCGAGAUUUUAUCACCAAAUGCAAACACAGCGUUCCAAACGAUUUCAAAGCGUAUGUCACCAGAAGGUGAAUGCAAGACAUCGGCCGAUACAUUAUCAUCACAGGGUUCAAAACGUUGGCAAAGCCAAUCAAGCAAAGAUUCCAGUCAAAAUAAUCGAAAAGUUGUAUCGCCAACGUCACAAGCGGCCGGCAAUCGAACGAAACGUGGCCGUGUACGCAAAGAAUCCACACAUUAUCAAAAAUCAGAUAUUUUGGAAUCGCCACAAGUGUAUUGUCGCAGCAAUCUUGGCGAUAAAAUAAGCGACUACGAAGAUUUGUGGACACCAGAAAAUGGUGGCAGCAACACAAGUUUCAACAAAGGACCAGCGCUCUCAAGUUUUCGUUCUGAACAUCGACCCGAUUUGCUUCCGGAAACUCCCACGGUCACAUCGUUAUCUGAAAAUAUUUUGUCUCCCGUUGGUUCGAUUUCAUCGUCUGCUAGUCAUUAUAAUGCGCAAAAAUCUAUGAAAACGCCAAGCGAACACAGCGCAUCGCCAGCAUUUGAUGAUGAAAAUGGUGUAAUUUUGCGACAUAAUGCCAAAAAUCAAAUGGAACAAAAUAAUAACGAUUGUCAAAAAUUGAACGACGUAUUGAGUCCAACGAUGGAAAUAAAUCGUUUGCAAAUCGCAGCCGAUUUCAAUCAAGAAUCAAUGUUGCAACAGCCACGAAAUCGUUUGGGUUUAUUGUUAACGCCAACCACUGAAUUCCCAUCGCCAAUAAAUGAAUCGACACCCAUUCAAACGCCAUCGCAAACACAUUGCAAACGUGAUAGUCCGUUUUAUGCGGAACCAGCCGAUGCUCUUGCCGGAAAUGUUGUGCGACGUUCACAACGUUCAAAUUUACUACCGAAAUCUCAACGCCAUUCGGAACCACCGAAAGCACAAUCGCGAUUCAAUAAUAAUACACAGUUUUGUCAAGUACUUUCACCCAUUGAUUCCGAGAAGAGUCAUCACAUAUCUGGCUCACUGGACGAACUGAAAAAGAAACCACGUAACAAACCGAUACGCAGUGGUCGUCUUGAUCCAUGGCCCCUAGAUUCGAGCUGGGAAUUUCAAUUGGGUGACGGAAACGAUGAACAAAAUGAUUAUGAUACAGACGCAAAUUGGAAAAAUCAAACAAAUGGCGAACUCUUGAAAAAAUCACCCAGUUUAAAUGGAAUUCAAUCGAAUAAUGUACGACAUGAGAAUCGUUUGACAAUCAAUCAAAUAAUCGCACAGAAAUUGCCCGAAUUAAAAAUUCUGGAACUAUUGCAAAAGACUACAUUACCGUUCAGUGCAUCGCCCGAUUUAUCGAGAAAUGAUGCAACCAUGACAAGUUUUGGUAAAAGCAGUCGAUUGUCUGCUUACGAUAAUGUUGAAAGAGCUGCACAUUCUGGCUAUGGCACUUCGAUGAUGUGCCAUGACAGUGCACAUUCAGAUGAUGGAACAGUCUUUUCAGAACCAUGGGAUAGCUCACAAUGGGACUCAUUUUUGCCACAUGAUGAUACGAUAUCCGAGUCGAUACACCUUUCCAAAUGCCAACCAGCCAUUUCUGAAGAUGAUACAAUCAUGGAUGAAAAUUAUUCGCAUAGAAAUCAUCAACCGCAAAAAAUUGCGACGAUUCUGCGUUCUCGCAGUUGUCGUGACCGCGAAGUGCUGAGUCACCCACGAAACAAAAUAACAACAAAUGGUCCCGGAGAUUCGAUUGCUGCUUAUGCGCUUACAUUGGCAAAAGAUCCAACGUCAACGUUUGCCCGAAACAUUGAAAAUUUCAUUGAAUGCACAAAGGAAUCGCGUGAAUCAUCGCCCCAAAUUAUAAUGCGAAAUAUGCGACAAUUUAUGAGCGGUAUGAAAAAUUACUUGGUGAAACAUGGUGAAGGCGAUUUUCAACAAGAAGUACUACGGGCUAGAUCAAUGCUCAAACCUGAUGAAUUCCUUAAUUUGGACACUAUUUUGGAAGGAGUCAUGCAUCAAUUGGUUGUGUUACCUCUACGCGAACAUCUUUACGGUUUGUUCGUUGAUUAUUAUACUGGCACCGGCGAUAUUCAGCUUCUCGUUGACAAUGUCAAGGCUUCAGUCGGAAAGUCACCCACCGAUUUUGGCCUUCGGCCUUGCAUUCAGACCCCAUCACCGACUGCAAUGCAACGAAUCUCGUUGCUCAUCUUACGUUUACAAGAAGCCGAAUUGCCACUUGCCAAAUUAGACAUUCUGCUGUCGAUUGUCACAUCGAUUAUUGAGGCCACAACAAAUACCCAAAGUCAUGCGCUGGGUGCCGAUGACUUUUUGCCAUUGCUCGUGUACAUUGUUGCCAAAUGCGGUUUUAUUGGUGCUGAAAUCGAAGCAGAAUUUAUGUGGUGUCUAUUACAACCAUCGUUACUUAACGGAGAAGCUGGAUACUACCUAACGGCUCUAUGUAGUGCUGUUCAUGUACUUAAAAGUUUUAUAACAAAUGAGCAAGACGGUACCGGUUCAUUAGAUUUUCGGUCAUCUUCGUUACCCGCCUGCUCAUCUGUAUUACGUGUGAUAAUACCCGACGAAUACAAUGGCUCAUUGCAAACGCGCACGUUACCAAUUCGGCCACACACUACAACGCGUGAAGUUUGCCGAACUAUUGCUCACAAGGCACGCGUUACGAAUCCUCAAGAUUAUGCUCUAUUCAAACUAGUCGAUGGAGAAGAAACGUUGCUUCUGGAUUCAGACUGUCCACAAGAGGCUCGUCUUGCUGCGCGCGGAAAGCCCUGUAUGCUAGCAUACAAACGAAUCGAUGCGAAAAUUGCAUGGCCAACAACAUCUCAGGCAUUUCAAUAAGCGAUCAUCAAGCCAAUGAAAUGUAGUAACGAUGAUGUCAACUUUUCAAUGUCAACCAUUUGCAACAUUCAUACAACGUUUUGUUUCAAAUUUUGAAGAAAAUUUAAAAAAUUGCACAUCUAAAAUAUUGUUCUAAAUAUUCUCGAUCAACAACCCUUUGAUGUUGUUGAUGCCGAUGAAAGCACUAGACGAAACAAAUCAAUUUCGUAUUCCUUUUUUAUUUAUUUUGAUGAUCAAUGAAACACCCACACCCACACCCAGCAUAUACAGAGAUAAAAUGUAGUAUCCCAAAGCAAAUCAUUUAACAUUUAAGACAUACAUUCUAUAUAUGUUUUGUAAUUUGUAGGUUUUGAGCAUGAGACAAGGCAACUUGAAUUCAACACAUUCGUGAUGUAAUGUGCUGACUAAUCGAUUAAUAUAUUUUACUAAAUAUUUCGUUUUGUUUUCAUUUCGGCGACUGAACGUCAAAAUUGGCUUCAUUUUGUUUUCGUUUUUUUUUUUAUCAAAAAGACACACUUUAUUUUAACCUGAUUUACAAAUAUUAUUUAUGAAGAAAACUGUCAAUUUCAAUAUUCGUAAUUGAUUUAUUCAUUUAUUUUGAUUUAACUAAUUUAUUCCGAUCAAAAAUUCAAUGUAAAUUAAAAAGAAAAUUUAAAAUAUUUUAUUGGAAGAGUGAAACUAAAUAUUUAACGAGAAAGAAAAAUGUAUGAAAAACAAAAGUAAAACAGAUAAUUCACUGCCUUUUGCUGCGACAUUAUCACGAUUUGAUACACACUCACAUGGAAAAUUUACAAAUAAAAUUGACAAAAUUAUUGUUCGAUGAACUUUCUCUAUUUUUUCAGUCCAACAAAUUAACUAAUCCAAUCCAAUUGAUGUAUGUGUAUUUUGAUUGUAAACUCAAAUAGCGACCAAACAUUAACCAUUCAAUAAAUAAAGAGAAUCAACAGUA